AUGGAGGAACGCGCAGAUGAGCUCGUUCAGACCGCGAUCGCGGCGGUCGCCGGGUAUUUCGCGGUGGCCGUCGGUCUGGCCGCCGUCUUCCCCGUCGUCGGCGGGAUUCUCAUGGGCGUCGGCGCCGCGCUGGUCGUCCAGGCUGUCCUCGUCCGCCUCGCGCUGGCCGAGGCCGCCGCCAAGGCUGCGGACGAGUUCCCGGGCGCCGUGGAGAUCGGGACCGGCACCGCCGUGAAAUCCCUCGUCGCCGAGAAGGGCGAGUGGGACGCGACGGGGCCGAAUCAGCAGCACCACCGAGGAUGGCUCGUCCUCGUCUGGGGCGCCAACGCGCCGACCCCGCCGGAGAAACCCGAGCGCGGCGAGCGCGCCUUCGCCACGCUCGCCAACGGCAAGCUCCAACUCGCGAGAGACCGAACCUCCGAUCCCGCGGGCGCCAUCGACCUGGACGGCGUGGACGUUCGACUGUGCUCGCCGCUGUACUCCCCGGGGUUCAAACACCCCGAGGGUGCCGACUCUGGGACGGAGGACGGCGUCCCCGGGGACCGACCCGGGGGAGGGCGGCCGAUCGGCGCGGGGAAGGAGAAGCGCUGGUGGAAGCGCCUGCCAAUCGUCCUCUCUCAUCCCGAGCGCGCGCUGCACAAGGGUCACAGGGUGGUGUGGUGCUACGCGCUCAGCGACGCCGCGAAAGAGGCGUGGGCGGUGGCGCUGUGGCAGGAUGUCUCGCGCUCGCGGGCCAUGAUGGACGCGGCGGUGCUCUCCGCGGCGAGGGCGGCGUCGCGGCUCUCGCAGGGGUCCAGGGGCGGGCUCGGAGGCGGCGGCGGCGGAGCCGGCGGGCCCGGGAGCGGCGGCGGCGGCGACGGCGCGGGGGAUCGCCGCCGCGACGGCGACGGCCACCUCAGCGACGGCGACGAGGCGCAGCGCACGCUCAUCGACCACCUGCGCGCGUGCGUCGCGGUCAAGAACAGCCACGAGGUGUCCAAAACGAUCGACGACGAGGCUUUCGCGGCUUUCGAUCGAGGCGAAAAAAGGGAAGACGGUCCGUCGGACGAGCGAGGCGAGCCGGGCGGCUCGGGAUCGGGGGGUCCUUCCGCGCGCGAGGUUGGCUGGAGCUCGGGCGGCGCCGCCGCCGCCGCGCUCAACGGCGUGUUCACGCGCAUCAUCUUCGACAUGCAGCGCUCCCCGGAGAAGAUCGCGGAGGUGCGCAGGGACCUUUCGAAGCUCUGCGAGGGCAUCCCGGAUCUCCCAAAGUUUGUCGGCCCGAUUUCCGUCACCAGGGUUCACCUCGGGGAGAACGUCCCGCAGAUUCGAGCCGCGCGGCUGCCCCACGCGGCGUCCACCGCCAACGCGUCGUCCGCGGCGCCGUGGGACGGGGGCACGCUGGCGAACCGCGGGCCUUGCGCCGCGGUGGAGCUGGAGAUGGACUUUGCCGGAACAGCCGAGGUCGUGCUUCGAACUAACAUCGACCUCAACGUCUACGCCGAGAUGAUGCGCGAGAAGGAACGAACGGCCGUGCCCGACGCCGACGACGGCGACGGUAAGGGUACCAACGCGGACGACGGUACGAGCACCGGUAAAUGCACCGAAAAAGUCGGAAGAGACAGCCCGGAGCCGGGUUCGAACCCGGGCACCAACGCGGAGCGAUUCGCCAAGAUCAAGUCCCUCGCGAAGAACAACGCGUCCAAGCUCAUAGGCGCGGUUGCGAAAAAACUCGUCGACGUGCCCGUGACGCUUCGGGUUCGGUUGAGGCGACUGUCGGGGACGAUGCGGUUCUGGAUCCCCCCGCCGCCCGGGGACAGGCUGUGGUUCGCGUUCGUGGGGGAGCCCAAGGUUGAGAUGCAGGCGAUUCCCACGCUGGGCGAGCUGGGGAUCCGAUGGCACGGACUCGCCGAUAAGGUUUCGCAGCUCAUAACCGCCAACUUGCUCAAGGAGUUGUACGCCGCGCUGGUGCUGCCGAACGCGGGUAACCUGCUGCUGGAGCCGCUCCGGCCAUACGACGGGGUCAUACCGGAGAUUGACAUCGACGUCGUGGUCGGAUUAACGGCGGAAUCCGCGGCGGAGGCUGCCGCCGCGGCCAGGGCAACCUCUCAACGCGCCUCCUCCUCCUCGCCGGAAAAGGACAAGGGCGAGGACGGGGACGAGGAGACGGCGGCGAAGGAGCGGGCGGGAUCGCCGCGCUCACCCGCCGCGAUGUCCCCGCCCGCUCCCCUGGUCAUGCCCGAGGUUCGCAGGUCUUGGGGCGCGGCCAGCUCGCCCUCGUCACCAAAGAAAGUGGAGGACGAGCAGGGAAAGGCUGAGAUUUCCCUCGAGGAGGACUACCAACAACAACGACGACAACAACAACAAGACGAAGACGAAGACGAGGAAGAAGAAGAGGGCCCCGACGGAACACGCGGCGUCUUUCACACUCCUUCGAACAGCAUGCUCCUCGAGAUGCCCGGCACAGGCACAGGCACAGACGACGACGACGAGCCGUCGAGCCCGAGCGUGCCCCGCCGCGAUUCCUCCUUCGGCGAGGCCGAGGCGGCCGUCGCGGCGAUGGCCGCGGGAUCCAUCGAGACCCCGACUUCCGUGCGCGGUACGCUCGGCGGGGAUCGACCCCGGGCGGCGGCGGCGGCGGCGGGGGGCAGGGACUUAGGGGAAGGACCGGCGGGCGCGCCGGAGGACCAGUGGGCUUCCCCAACGGGGCCCGCGAAUGGGAACGUGUUGUCCGAGAUCAAAGCCGACGCCUUCGCGUCGAAGAGCCCUGCGGCGGGAAGGUUCGACCCGCUCGGUGGACUGGACAACGCGGGCGGCGCUUCAUCUUCCGCUGCCGCUUCAUCUUCCGCCGCUUCGACCGAUUCGGGCCCGGCCAACCCGGCGGCUGGGCUCAAGCUGGCGUCGCUGUUCGCGAAAACGAAGGCGCGGAUGAAAUCGGACUUUGAUCAGCUGCGGGAGGGGAUAAAGAAGGGCGGGCUCGAGGGCGGGCUCGACGCGGCGAAGCGAAUCACGGAGAAGGCGGUGAAGGAGCUGCAGGAGGGGGAGAAGCCGAAGGUUGACCUGACCAAGGUGUACGGCGGCGGAACGGAGAUUCCCUUCAAGGUUCCGGAGGAUGAGCCGCCGAGGACGACGAACCGCCGGGAACACGCGGAUUGACCGAAUCCGACGCAGUGAUGUGAUUGAUUUGAUACACCGUCGUUUGUCUC